UCAGGUCCGCACUUCGCUCUCUCUCAACUCUCAACACCAUACUAUUUCACCGUACCAUGCUCUCUUCCCCUUCUUCCUUUCUGACUCCUCCAAAAUUCUUGGCCAAGCCUCUCAACCCAGCUCACGCCUCGCCACGUGUCAGAUUCUCACCACCCCUAGCUUUCGCCGCAACCGCCACUUCAUCAUCAGCGGAAACUUGCACCAAUAAUACUAGGUCGUCGUCGUCGUCGUCGUCGUCGUGUCUGCCCAACAUGGCCGCCGCCGCAGCAGCGUGCACUUCAUCGCCGUACCAGGUCCUCGGCAUCUCCACGGGAGCCACGUGUCACGAGAUAAAAUCGGCGUACCGUCGAUUGGCGAGGACGUGUCACCCCGACGUGGCGAUCUCCACCAAUCGUAGGGACACGUCAGGAGGAGGCGAGUUCAUGAAAGUCCAUGCUGCUUACUCCACCUUAUCGGACCCAGAGAAACGCGCCGACUAUGAUCGCAGGAUUAAUAUCCGAAGGUACCAGCCUUUGACGGCGUCGUCUGGAUUCUCUAAAUACACCCGCAAGAAUUGGGAGACGGACCAGUGUUGGUAGUACGUACUAGUAGUAACCAAUGGUGGACGUGACUCACUGUGUCAAGUUACCGAGUUCAAAAACUAAUCCGGAGCUAGAGUAUAUAGUUAUACUAAUAUUUACUGCAUGGCCUGAGUUGAUUAUUGUACUGUACAUAUUUUUCCUCGACCUAUGUAUGAGUGACCUAUCCUUACUUACCUUAGGAUCAUGUAUUGUCGCCUGAUGUACUGUUCCGAAUUCUGAAGCUACUGUAUAAACGUGUAAUAUCGCAAAACAAUAUCAUAACGACAUACUUUUUUAGUA